AUGUUACUCAAACCAGCAACACCCCUCACGAUCUUGCUCUUAAUUACCUUUAUUCUAUUGCUCGUUACCUGCAUCUCCACUCCCAUCGUAAAGGGUAUCCCUCUCGCGACCUAUAAAGAUGUGGAUUACGGUGUAUUUGGAUAUUGCGACGGCGACAAGUGUACCGGAAUCCACGUAGGAUACACCAGCACCGGCGAUGGUGAUGAAUUCGAUCUUCCCUCGAGUACCCGUAAAUCGCUGUCAGCUAUCUUGAUCGUCCACCCCAUUGCCGCGUUCUUAAACCUUGUUUGUCUUUGUCUUGCUGGCGCGGCCCACUUCCAUGUCCCAUCUCAUUCUCCCGCCUUCCUACUCGCGUUGUUGAUUCUAUUGCUGCCGACACUGCUCGUCACCCUUCUCGCAUUCCUCGUCGACAUUUUACUUUUUGUGCCUCAUCUGAAAUGGGCAGGAUGGAUUGUGCUUGUAGCCACAAUUAUUUUGGUCUCCUGUGGAGUGGUAACAUGUGCGAUGCGUCGGACUUUGGUCAGCCGAAAGGCUAGAAAGCGGCGCAUUGCGGAGAAUGCGGAAAUGAGUGGAGAGAACUACUACAACCGCCAAAACGCUGCAACAGCUGCACUUGCCGAUGAUCCUCCGCCAAUUACUGAAACCAAGGAGGCCAUGGCUACUGGGUCUGUCACCGAUGAAGCCGCGACAUUCGCUACUUUCCGAACCAAUACUCGCGACAGUGACGAUGACCGCACUCCACUCAAUUCCUCUCGUACCCCAUUGAAUGAUAUGCCCCCGCCCCCAAGUCGUCGGGGAACACCCUAUCGUUCGCAGGAUGAACAGGGUCUUCCUCCGUCCGGUCCGUAUGGCGCUGGUCCCAUAAUGCGCAAUCCCUCGGAUCCUCGUCUGCGUCCUCAGCCUUCCGAGGGUAGCAUUGGCUCACGUGGAACUCCGCCCCCGCCUGGAUUUGCUCCUCGCGGUCGGGGUGGCUACCCUUCACGCGGAUAUGCUCGUGGUGGGCCUUACAAUGGACCUGCUCGAGGUCGCGGUGGCUACAUGGGUCCAAUGCCACGAGGCCGUGGUGGUAUGCCUCGUGGUGGUUAUGGGUAUGCGACUGGGCCUAGCCGCAAUUUCGACCCGUACGGUCGGCCCAUUCCUCCUGCUAAUGAUCCCUAUGAGGCCCAUGAUAUGGCACCUGUUGAACCAAUGCGCGAGCCUUCUCCAGGACCAAUUGGAAUGGCAGUGUCUCCGGAGACAAUUGGUCAGGCCAUUGAGAUGACCCCACAACCACGAUAUGACCCUCAUGAUUCGAUGGCGGCAAUGAGCACUGAUUCUCAACCACACGCUGUGUCUGUGGAUGGCCAACACAUGCCUCUUGAGAGUCCGACAAGUUUGUACAGCCAUACUGAGUCUUAUGUCCCAGCUCGUACCGGCUGGGGUGGCAGUGACCCUCGCCGUACCUUGUCGCCUCACCCAACAUCAUCGCCGGUACAUGCGACAACGACGCAAGGCACGGCUUACUACGAGGAUGUAGAUCCUCGAUUCGACCGUCGUCCUUCGCCCCAAAACGAUCAUAGACUCCCUUCAGCUCUUACUCCAGGAGCAACCCACUGUAUGACCAGUUUAACGAAACUGAGUAACGAGUGGUUCAUGUUGCUCAUCCGAUUCUCCACGUCUUGA